AUGCCAUACCAUCGACCAGGUUGUCAAACCUGCAGGACUCGGCGCAUAAAGUGCGACCAAACACACCCAGUCUGCCAGCGCUGCCAGAAAUCCCACCGCACCUGCGCCGGCCUCUAUAGAGCACAAUCGCAACCAUUCCACCACGAAAACCGCUACGCAAGCGGCCAGCAGAAGCGUCCGCGCGGCCCCCGCCGCAGACCUGCGAGCCCGAGCCCGAGCCUGAGCCCCAGACUCACCCCCCUCCUCAUCCUAAGACAGCCGCAACCCUCCCUCAAAACCCAAGCCAUAGCCCACUACCUCCAUCACUACACCUCCCCGUCCCCCUCCACCAAUCCCUCAUCCUUCACCACAAGCCUAACAGAAACAUACAUCUCGACCCUGCGCACCCUCCCGCAGCCCCAUUUUCACCACUCUCCACCAGUAAUCACCACAGCAGACCUCGAAAAAGCCAUCACCCCCCUCGCACUUGCAUAUUUCGCGCGCGCAAAGCACUACCCCCCCGCAGCAAGAGAAGCGUCAUCUACAUACGCCCUUCUCCUGCGGGAUUUCAGCGUGCUCCUCCGAUCCGUGGAAACAGAUCCUUCACCCAGGCAAAUCGACACCCUCCUGCUGAUGAUCUUCUUUAUGAGUCGGUAUGAGGAUACCGUCCAUCCUGUCCCUGGACAUAGUACCACUACCCCGGGGUGGAUGGGAAGUUCGAAUGGGUUCGCUCCACCCACGGCCAGCGGAGGGAUUACCAGAGGAUCAACCUUGGCAAAGGACAUCCAUGCGACGGUGGGAAGUUUUGCACACCAGGAUGGGGCGUUAGCUGUUUUAAGGGUGUGGGUUCUGUUUCUGGCUCGAGGAGAUAGGGGUACAUGGAAGGCAACGGAGGCGAUUAAGCUUACCCGCCGGGCGAUGAUGAGGUCUGCGCUGAUGCGGGGGAGGGCGUUGCCGGUUUGGAUUCUGGAUGGGAGGGCGUUUGGGGAGAGGGAGGGUGUGGAGGCGCGGUUGGAUGGGUUGGCGGUUAGGGUUGUGCAGUUAAGAGGGGAGGUCGUGGCCUUGGGUACUCGGAAUUUUGCGCAAACGGUGGGGGGGUCGCGUGAGGGGUUCUUGGUUGGGAAUAUGGGGGUCGCGAAGGAGGUUUAUUCUCAGGCGAGGAUGGUCAGGGCUGCGUUGGAGGCGUGGAAGGUGGAGGUCGAUUGGGUGAGGAGGUGGAGUAAGGAGGUGGUCGAGGGGACGGUUGAUGUUCUUGGGUCCGGGAAUGCUAAGCUGCUGGCAGACCGAGUGCUCUGCUUCUCGGAUCUGGCGCACGCGGUGCUGUGGUGUCAUUUCUUAACCUUGCGGAUGUUGGUGGAGAGUGUUUGCUUGAGAGUGCUGCUAUUUGUGGAAUCUGAGAUCCCAGGGUCCGGGGCUGCGAUGUGGUGCGAUCUUGCUGCUGCGAGAGAACUGGCGGCUGCCCACGAGGCGGAGCUGAAGAAUCUGGCAAGGCAGCUGGCGGCUUGUUUGCCGUUCGUUCUGGGGCAGAUUGAAGUCAAGGACAAUGCAGCGUGGGGAAUACGGUCUGUUGCUUGGAAUGAGAAGCAGCAGCCCACGCCCUAUAGGGCUAGUCUGGUGGUGUGGCCGUUGACUGUUGCUUCGGGUAUAGAAGGACUGGGUGACGAGCAGCGGUGGUUCAAGACACAAUUGGGACAUCUGGGCCGAGUGACAGGCGUGGGGGUGCUGGAAUGUGCAGAGGGGGACGAGUGGCUGAAAUUCUAAUUAUACCACGUC